GAAGCUUAACUCAGUCAGAAUUGUAUUAUAUGAAUGAUGAUAACCAGGUGGAGGAGGUUGGUAAUGUAUUACUAGAGGAACUAACUCAAGAGCCAUCAACAGAUGAAGCUCCACAAGUGACUGAGUCCGAUGCCCCUCAGAGGACCCACUCAAAGGACAACGUCCCAGUCCAUCUCCGGACACCGUUCAGAAGCAAAUACUGGACCAAGUUCGAAACGAACUUGUUCUUCAAAGCCCUGGCGGCACUGGGAACCGACUUCCGCCACAUGAGCGAGCUGUUCCCUCACAGAACCCUCGAAGCCUUGAGGUCCAAGUACAAGAAAGAAGACAAACGCAACAAAAACAUCAUCGUCAACCUCCUGAACCAACCCAAGUCCGCCACCGCCUUCGAACAGCUAAAACUCGACGUCAAGUUGAUAGAGCAACAAUGGCUGACCCGGGUCAGCCAGUCCAAAGCCAAGAAGGUGCCCAGAAAGCUCACGAUUCCGGGUCAACUCGACUAUCAAACCAAAAGGCGUCCGCGACAACAAAAGGAUAAAACACAAACCGGAUUCGCCACCGGAAACGAAAACAAUUACGCGUUUUAAUCCCGUGACCGGAUAAAUUAGCGACUGACCCGAUUCGAGGAAGGCGAGAGGAGCGGAUUAAGCUGCGGGAUUAUCCCCGUGUGUGUCCCGAAACGUAAUGUAUUUUUAUUCGGCGGCGGUCCCGCGGCGACUUGGAGGUUUUAUCGGAGGAAAAAAAAACGGGUCGCAUAAGCGAUUUAGAUCCGCAGUCAAUGGGUGGGACCUUACUAUAUUAACGGAUAACUUUUGUGUCGGGGGGUUGGAAAAAAAUUGGAUGGUUUUAUCUCGUGUUAUAUGGGAUAUGGGUUACGUGAUGGGGUCAGUAAAAUAUCAUUGAAUUUGCUCAUUUAAUUGAUCAUUGUAAUUUCAGCGUUUAUUUUCCUUUGUUAGUUAAGUUAGUUAAAUAAGUUAAGAAGUUUAUGUUAGUGAUUUCAUUAGAUGCA